ACAGUUUAUAUAACUCAGUAGAACUGAUUCACUAUCAGAUUCGUAUUCAUUAUACAUAGUAUAUAAUCACAAAUGAGAGGAAAUCUGGGCAGAUCCGGUAUGGACCGUGGAGGUGUAGAUAGAGGUUAUGCUUCCCGUCCACAGUAUGGUAGAAGGGAUGUCGCCGAUAAUAGGGGUGGUCGUGGCUACCAAAAUUCCCCCGGAAGGUACGCUGGUAACCGUGAGUACGAGGGAUAUGGAGGUUCCAGGGAAUACCGCGAUAAUUACGGAGGGAGAGAUUACCGAAAUUCCCCAGGUAGAUAUGCUAACAAUAGGGAAUACCGUGAUAAUUACGGGGGGAGAGAUUAUCGCGAUUAUGGUGGGAACAGGGAGUACCGUGAUGGGUAUUAUGAUAAUGGACCUGAUCGCCGGUACCCCGUUAGGGAUAGAGCUGCUCCGUAUGAUCGCAGCAGAGUUCCUCAAAAUCGCGACUACAACCGUAGGUAUGAUAGCUACCAGGAAUCUAGGGGGGGUGCUGAUCUAGGACGCUAUGAUUCUGACUAUAAGGGAUAUGGUCGACCUGGACCAAGUGCUCCUUCUGGUGCUGGUCCUAUACGCAGACCUUAUAAUACUCUAGAACGUUCCCGCACCAAAAUUUUUAUUGGAAACCUUACUGGCGAAGUGAGUCAGGAGGAGCUCACAACCAAAUUUUCCACGUUUGGUCACAUCAACAAGGUUGAUUUCCGCCGCAAGUUUGCAUUUGUAGACUAUGCACGUCCUAGAGAUGCUGAAAUCGCUAUAAAGGAGAUGAAUGGGAAAACAUACUGGGGAUCCAGGCUUAAGGUACAACCACACAUUGAACAACCAAAGAAGAACACUAUGACCAGGGAACCAAACCCUGCUUGUCAAGCUACAGUUCUUAAUCUAGAUCAAACUGUGAGUUGGCAGGAUUUGAAAGAUUUCGCGAGACAGGCCGGUGAUGUCGUAUACGCCAGCAUUGUCACAAAGGGCCAAAGGAGGUUUGGAUUGAUUGAAUUUGCAGAUGAGGCUACUGUCAUUAAUGCAUGCAAAGAACUUUCUGGCAAAAAGAUUGCAAAUAAUAAGUUGGAGAUUGUCCACAUGCCUGUCUCUGAAUAUGUAAAGUCCGUAGACGAUGGUUCAAAGUUUGAUCUAGAUACUUUUGAGGCAGAAGAAGGUGGUGAGGACUUGGGAAAUGGAUCUACUAAGGAUCGUGAGGUGUAUCAAAAGGAUAAUUUGGACUCUGUGGAUUACGACUAA